AUGACGACACGUACCGAAAAGUUCCAGCGCAAACCUCGCGACGCUGAUGCCGAACCUUCAGAGACUGAAGAAAUCCUAAGAUUCUCUCCCGAAGAAGAAGCUUCACUCCUCGCCGAAUCUAAUACACUAAAAGCUGCUGCCAAUACUCUAUUUUCGCAGAAAUCAUACAAAGAAGCUAUCGAUACAUAUGAGAGCGCAUUGUCGACGUGUCCGAAAUAUUUAGAAUAUGAGAGAGCGGUAUUGAAGAGUAAUGUGGCGGCUUGUCAUUUGAAAUUAGAGGCGUGGAAGGAAGCUGCCAAAGCAAGUUCAGAAGCUUUAGAUGGACUCGAAAAGUUGCAGAAAGACGAGGCGACGGAUAAGAAAAAGGAUGAGGAUGAAGAAGCAGGAAAAGAGGAGGUGAAAGAAGAGGAAGAGGCAGAUGAGGAAAUCAUCAGCGAGGGAGCUGCAAAAGCGGAGGAUACCAGAGGAAAGAAUAUUGAUGAUGCGAAAGAAAGUCGAGCAAAGGACAUUGAGAGAAUAAGGGCAAAAGCUUUGAUGAGAAGGGCGAGGGCUAGGAGUGAACAGGACGGAUGGUCUACUUUAGCUGGCGCCGUGGAAGAUUACAAACUCCUUUCAACCUUUACCAACCUGUCCGCCAUAGACCGCAAAACAGUUGAAACACAACUUCGCGUUCUGCCACCCAAAAGUAAAGCAGCUCAAGACAGAGAAAUGGGCGAGAUGAUGGGGAAAUUAAAGCAGUUCGGAAAUGGCAUACUGAAGCCAUUUGGAUUAUCCACCGAUAAUUUUCAGAUGGUCAAAGAUGAGAAGACGGGUGGGUAUAGUAUGAAUUUUAAUCAAGGAGGGGAUUCAUGAUACGAACAUUUGGCCGAUACUCAGAAUCAAGGCUUUGUGGCUCCAAGACAGGACUAGAGGUCACACCAUAACUAUCUAUCAAUCCCGAGACCGUUUUGUACUAGGAUACUGGACUUUGAUAAUAGCUUUGCUAUACCGCAUCUUCGCCUAUCACAACGACUCUUACCGGGCCGCACCCAUUUGAUAUCAAAAUAUAAUCUGUUUCACAAGGUCUACAUCAUGCUUAUCUUUGCGCUUCACAUAUCGAUUUCACAUGAUA